AGUUUUCCAGAAGAAAAUAUUGAAAGUUUCUUUCUUGCAAAUAUGUUCUUUUAACUGACUGCAGCCAUGAAAGCUAACUGAGAAGGUAAUAGUUAACCUGAACUUUCUCUGGCACACCUAUUUUAGCAGGCGCUGCUGUGGAAAAAUGGAUCAGCAGGAGUUCCGACUGGCUCAGCUUGCUCUGCUUUCACUGCUCUGACUGCUGUGAAACAGUUUAUUUUUUGAUCAAGAAGUUUCACUUUCAAAAUUGCUGUAAUCCUGCAACAUGCACUUCCUUGACAAAAACGUCUGGAUUGGACUAGUGAAAAAAGACAUGGCCAGCAGUCAUCCGAAUAAAUAAAGCUCUUCCAGAGUGAUAGAAGUCUCUAAACAAGGAGAAGAAAACACAGAAGCGACCAGGCCUGUGAGUCGGGCAGAAUCAUGAAACAGGCUUUGCUUUAUCAGAUCUACUCCUUGUUGGGACUGUUGCCCCUUUGUAUUUUGUGUGCCUCCUUCAGCAACAAAUGCACAGUGACACACAAAGUGGCUGAUUGCAGUCACCUGAAGCUGACUCAGGUUCCCGACGACCUUCCCACAAACAUAACAGUGCUGAAUCUGACCCAUAACCAGCUCAGAAGAUUGCCACCUGCCAAUUUUACAAGAUACAGCAAACUUCUUGUCUUGGAUGGAGGAUUUAACACAAUUUCAAAACUAGAGCCAGGACUGUGCCAAAAUCUCCCUUUGUUGAAAAUUUUGAACCUCCAACACAAUGAGCUAUCUCAUCUCUCUGAUAAAACCUUCAUGUUUUGCAUGAAUUUGACUGAACUCUAUCUAAUGUCCAACUCAAUCCAGAAAAUUCAAAACAAUCCUUUUAGGAACCAAAAGAAUUUAAUCAAACUAGAUCUGUCUCAUAAUGGUUUAUCAUCUACACAAUUGGGAACUCAGCUCCAACUGGAAAAUCUCCAAGAGCUUCUAUUAUCAAGUAAUAAAAUUCAUGCACUAAGAAGUGAAGAACUUGAUUUCCUUGGUAAUUCUUCUUUACAAAAAUUAGAGUUGUCGUCAAAUCAAAUUAAAGAGUUUUCUCCAGGGUGUUUUCAUGUGAUUGGAAAAUUAUUUGGCCUCUUUUUAAAUAAUGCUCAACUGGGCCCUAGUCUCACAGAGAAGCUUUGCUCGGAAUUAGCAAAUACAAGCAUCCAGAAUCUGUCUCUGAGUAAUAUCCAGCUAUAUGGAAUCAGCAACACAACUUUCUUUGGACUAAAGCAGACCAACCUCACCAUGCUCGACCUUUCCCACAACAAUUUAAAUGUGAUUGGUAAUGAUUCCUUUGCUUGGCUUCCACAUCUGAAGUAUUUCUCCCUGGAGUAUAAUAACAUAGCACAUUUGUCUUCUCGCUCUUUCUAUGGACUUUUCAAUGUGAGACACCUGAAUCUGAAACGAUCUUUUACUAAACAAAGUAUUUCCCUUGCUUCACUUCCCAAGAUUGAUGAUUUUUCUUUUCAGUGGCUAAAAUGUUUGGAGUACCUUAACAUGGAGGAUAACAAUAUUCCAGGAAUAAAAAGCAGCAUGUUCACUGGAUUGAUAAAUCUGAAGUACUUAAGUCUAUCUAACACUUUCACAAGUUUGCAAACUUUAACAAAUGAAACAUUUUUAUCACUUGCUCAUUCUCCUUUACGUGUGCUCAACUUAACCAGAAAUAAAAUCUCAAAAUUAGAGAGUGGUGCAUUUUCUUGUUUGGGCUACCUAGAAGUACUUGACGUUGGCCUUAAUGAAAUUCAGCAAGAGCUCACAGGCCAGGAAUGGAGAGGUCUAGGAAAUAUUUUUGAAAUCUAUCUUUCCUACAACAAAUACCUACAACUGACCAGCAACUCCUUCAUGUCGGUCCCGGGACUUCAACGACUGAUGCUCCGAAGAGUGGGCCUUAAAAGUAUUGAGGGCUCCCCUUCACCUUUCCACAAUCUUCAUAACUUGACCAUUCUGGAUCUAAGCAACAACAACAUAGCCAACAUCAAUGAUGCAAUGUUAGAAGGUCUUGAGAAGCUAGAAAUUCUGGAUUUGCAGCAUAAUAACUUAGCACGGCUCUGGAAACAUGCAAACCCUGGUGGCCCUGUUCUUUUUCUAAAAGGUCUUUCCCACCUCCACAUCCUUAACUUAGAGUCUAAUGGCUUUGAUGAAAUCCCAGUAGAGGUAUUCAAGGAUUUGUCUGAACUAAAGAGCAUCAGUUUAGGAUUGAAUAAUUUAAACAUUCUUCCACCAUCUCUCUUUGACCAUCAGAAGUCUCUGAAGUCAUUGAACCUUCAGAAGAAUCUCAUAACAUCAGUUGAGAAGAAUGUUUUUGAACCGGUUUUCCAGAACUUGACUUAUUUAGAUAUGAGCUUUAAUCCAUUUGACUGUACAUGUGAAAGCAUUGCUUGGUUUGUUAAUUGGAUUAACCAAACCCAUACUAACAUCUCUGAGCUGUCAAGUCAUUACCUCUGCAAUACACCGCAUCAAUCUCAUGGCCUCCCGGUGACGCUUUUUGAUACAGCACCCUGCAAAGACAGCGCCCCCUUUGAACUUCUUUUCAUGAUCAAUACCAGUGUGCUUUUGAUUUUUAUCUUUAUUGUACUGUUCAUCCAUUUUGAGGGCUGGAGGUUCUCUUUCUAUUGGAAUGUUUUGGUCCAUCGAGUUCUUGGUUUCAAGGAAGUAGAUGCACAGCCAGAGCAGUUUGAAUACACAGCAUAUAUAAUUCAUGCCUACAAAGAUAGAGAUUGGGUCUGGGAAAACUUCUCCCCAUUGGAAGAAAAAGAUCGAUCUCUCAAAUUUUGUCUGGAAGAAAGAGACUUUGAGGCAGGUGUCCUUGGACUUGAAGCAAUUGUUAACAGCAUCAAAAGAAGCAGAAAAAUUAUUUUUGUUAUAACCCAGCAUCUAUUAAAAGAUCCAUUGUGCAAAAGAUUCAAGGUGCACCAUGCGGUUCAGCAAGCUAUUGAACAAAAUUUGGAUUCCAUCAUAUUGGUUUUUCUGGAGGACAUUCCAGAUUAUAAACUUAACCACGCACUCUGUUUGCGAAGAGGAAUGUUUAGGUCUCACUGUAUCCUGAGCUGGCCAGCUCAGAAGGAACGGGUGGAGUUGUCCUUGUCCCCAGCUGGCCCUCUGUCAGCCUGCUGAAAACCUGUGCUGAUGAAAGUGGGGUGCUGUCUUCUUUCCUCUGUCCUCAUUCCACCUGCUUUCCUACUCACUACCUGAUGACCUGAGCACCACCUUGGGACCUCAAGAGCUCAGAAGCGGAUGGAAGAUGAUAAAGAGACGGUUUGCUCUCCUUGGCUGGCCUUGGGAUGAUCUGGCCUUGAGAACUUUUGCUGCACAGUGAUGAACUGCUGACUCUUUCACACAGGCUUAUAUCAUUGCUUCAGAAAUCCAGCACCUGCUCUUGCAGUCUCGCUCACCUAGGCAUUCCUCUAGUCAGCCACUCCAAGCCCAGGUUCUUCUAGCCUAGAAUGUAAUAAAAGAAAUUCAAAGCUUCUCCUUACUCUAAAUCAACCCAACUUUCCAGACUGUUACUCUGUGGAACAGUAACCCCCACUCUUACUCCAUGCAUGUAAGAGGUUGAUUCGUGCUUCUCAACAAUCUUGCAAGGUUUCACUGUUCUUAUUAGAUAAUGUCCCUUAAAGGGGCCCCCUGCCAAACAAAAAUGGCAAAUACUAUACACUCUCUCUGCCUCUCAGAAAUAACUAAUGUAUAUCAGGAUAUUAAAAAGUUAGUAUGUGUAGCUAUAAAGAAAGCUGUUUGGCUUUUUGUUAUUGAGGCAUUUCCUGAACUAAUUUGGUCACAGAAUUCUUCUUAUUCUGCAACUCUUAUUAACAUUCUACUAAAUACAUGUUCUCUGUAACACAUUUUUUUGGAAAUAUAUUAGAUAGACUUAAUUAUUCUAGAUCUCCUUGCAGUCUAUCAUAGAUCCCCUUAUACAAUUUAUUGUCUUAAACUCUGUCCCAGACUUCACUGCCUUCUUCUCCACCUCUGCAUCUAUUUCUUAAGCUGCCAAAUGAAUAUCAUUCGUGCUAGUAAAUUGUUCUCACCUACAUUUCAGUAGCAUUUCCUGCCUCUCACUUCAGUCUCUAGAUGAAAAUGGCUUUGGCUUUAGGAUGGACCAAAGCAUGAGGUUGAAAGCCUAAAUACCAACUAAGGACAUGAAUUAGUGGAAAAUAAAGAACUGCAAAGCAUUUUUUUAAUGGUAGAGGGUAUAUGAUCAGAUCUAAGUUUUAGAGAGGAUACAACUAGUUAGCAAAAGUUUGAGGUUCUAGAGAUGCCAUUACUGAUAGAGAACAAAGUUCAAAUUACCUAGUCUAACAUUCAGUACCCUUUACAACUACAGCAAGUUUUUUUUUCUGGCUUGAUUUUCUUUUAAUCACCUUUCCUGUUCUUCAUACUGGUUCCGCAAAGUCACUCUAUGCCCCAGCACUGUCACGGUGUGCCUUUCUCUCCUCUCCAGUGGAGAGUCAACUCUUGUGGAAAUCCUCUCCUCUUUGCAGAACGAAUCAUUACUUCAUUGCUUAUGUACCCCUAUGACUUUACUCAUCCCCUUAGUCUAAGACAAUGUGUUUGGGGCACUGUUUAUUUCUGAUUCUGUCCCAAAUCCUUGGAAUCUGAGCAACCAAAACACAUCACACCGUCUUGGUAAUCUUAAUGUCCAGAAGGAUGGAAUAUAGUAAGUUUUCAAAAAAGAAGUUGUUGGAAAAGAAACCAGUAAGUGGAAGUUGUGGCAAUGAGCAUAUUCUUACUGUCAGGAAAUUUUUUAUCCAGUAGUUCUAUUUCUGGGAAAUCAAUCAAAGAAAAUAAAAGUGCUCUAGAGUUCCCUCAUGCUUUAUCAACCUUGUCAUCCCUAUUCCAGAAACCUGCUAAUUUAGCCUAUAGCAAUAAUACAAAGAUUUCUAGAACACUACUUAAAAAUUUGAAUUUUUUUUUCAUGAUCUUGAUUUUCUUUCCUCUUGCUUCAUGUCCACUCAUUCCUUCAUACUUAUGUAGUGCCUGACACACAGUAAGCAUGCAAAAAAUAUGUGCUGCCUGAGCGGCUAAAUGGUGAGUGAAUGAAUACUGGCAUCCAGAGCUACUUGCAGCUCCACCAAACGGCCUUGCCCUUUCCAAGUUCCAUUCGAGUGUCUGCCCAGUGUGGUGCUGUGCUCUCUGCUGUCCCACCUCCAGCUUUUCUUAGCUUAAUUUUUCAGUCACAAUGAUUAGAUCAGGUACUGGGGUUAGAAGCACACUUAUUCUUUAAAAUGAUGGGUUAGUUAGACCUUAACCUUGUUACUUGGAUGGAAAGGCCUUGAACUCUUAGACCUUGAGAUCUAGUAUUGUGGGUGCCAGAAUCUGCACAAACCCUAGGGAGGAGAAGGGACUUUACCUUGGCUGCGUGACUUUGGAGGAAGCUCUCAGGUCAGAGUUCCUCCACUCUACUACCCUCUUUGGUUCAAGGGAAUUUAAAGAGUUGCUCUUAUGCACACUUUGUUUUGCUUGAAACUAGUCUCAUCUGAGAUAAAUACGGGUCAGAUGAGAUCAUCUUCCUUGGAGAAGCACUGUUACCUAAGCAGUGAUAGGAAACAGAGGUCCCUCUAGACUUCUCUGAUAACAGUUCAGCCUCCUUCCCGGGAGUUUAAUGACUGCAGUUCUUUUGACAUCAUCCAUCUCUGGUGGCCUCUGCGGCAUUGCCUGGGCUGAAAGUGUGUUCUACCAAUGCUGCGUCCCAGCCUGAAAGACAGUGGAGCCAGCAGGACAUCCCCCUUGCAGAGUCUCACUCCUCGGGGGCACUUGGCAACUUCUGAACAUAAUAGUGGAGUGUAUGAAGGAAGAGAAGUUAUAUACAGGAUGGUCUGUGACUAAGAAAUCGAACUUUCUGAUAAUCUUGGAAUAGUGGGUUUUGAGUAUUGUACCUUUGGGCAAAUUCUAGGAGUUGCCAUAGAUCACACUCCAAACCUAAACAGCAGAACCACCAUAAUAUAUCCUCUGUCUAUCUUCUAUCUGUGUUAUUUCUGUAUCUUCAAUCUUCUCUCUUUCAUCUUCUCUUCUCCCUAAAUUAUGCUCCCUUCUGGAGCCAUACUGUCAUGGCUUCCAUAGAAUGUGGGAAUCCCCAGAGGUCUGUGGACUGGAGGAUGACAGUAUUAGGAGGUGUUGUGGAACUGCUGAGAGGUAGACCCUGGUAGAAGUUCUUUGGGUCACUGGGAGCAGGUCCUAAAGACCAAAUAAGGUAGUCCUCAUAUGACCGCUUGUUACUCCCUACAGAGAGUAGGUAUACAAGAAACAAGCCUGGCUCCUUAUUGUCUCUACUUCCAGACUUACGAUGUGAUCCUUAUUCUACACGUGUCCACCACCUACCGUCUACCAUAGAUCUAAGACCUGCGUCAAGCGAUUUGUUGGACUUUCAACCUCCAAAAAUGUGACUUAAAUAAAUCUGUUUCUUAUAAAAGUAGUCAUCUCACAUAUUUUACUAGGUAAUGAAAUGUUGACUAAUAUACAUGUUGUGGCCAAAAAACACAAACACUGGAGGGAAUCCUAACAGUGUGUGCAUGUAUACAGCUGUUAUGCUUUUGCUGUAUGAGUCUCUUACCAAAAUUCUAUAUGAUACAAUGUGGAAAGUAUCAUUCAGAAAUGUGAUGGUUGAGUUUCAGAAGGUCUAUCACUCUCUCUUUAAUGAUAGCAUUUGAAGUGGUGAAGGAAUGCUCUGUGCCUGAGUUCUGCUGAUAAAGCUUAAUGGCAAUUGUAAAUUGGUAGUCACCCUUUUAAUUUGACAACAAUGGAUGGUCAAACUAUUCAUUUUAGCUCUCUACUCUAGCAGACAGUCCUAAUUACUUACCCAGCAAACAUUCCCUCUCAUACUGUUUCUUGGUUUGUGACCAACCAUUUUUGUGCAGGUGGCACAAGAUCAAGAGUGAAGGAGCCCCUCUCCAACACCAGGUGAUGUACAAUGAUUAUGAAGCAUGAUAGUGCUCUUUCUCAUCACUCAUGAUUAGCUUAGGAAUGGACUUUUGAUCCAGCUCUGGCCAAUGAGGCUCAACUGUAAGUUAGCUUGAGAAGCUUUUAGAAAGUAUCUUAUGACAAGAAGAUAGAGCCAUCUUGCCUUAGACAGUUAUUUAGGAGAACAUGGUAGGUGUCAUAACACCAUGACAAUGCGUAAAAACAAAGAAAGAUCUUGAUAAUUCCCUUCACCGAUCCCAGAACCAACCAAUUCCAAGCUUCUGGCUCUGUGAGCCACUUAAGCACCUUGACUAUUCAAGCUUAGGUUUUAUACAGCUGAAUGUACCUUCCCUGACCAUUGCUCUUGCCCUCUGCAUUCUUCACUACCUUCCAUCUGCUACAACACUCAGUGGAUACAGUCAUGGUCUAUUGUCAUUAUCUAAUGCUGCUUUUUGAUAUAUUUUAAAUUGUUCUUCCUAUUAUUAUUUUAGUAUUUGUCACUCAGUAAGCUCCAGAACCCUUAAACAGAUAUCAAGAAAAUGUGCCUAAGGCUGUAUGGAGGUUUGCAUUUGUUGUGAUUUCAUUUAUUGUGCUUAUUAUGCAAAACAAAUCCUCAGACACACUUUUGAAACACUCAGAUGGUACAAAAAUGAAUAAAUUUAGAAAUAAAA